AUGUCCGUUCGGUCUGCCUUGUCCAACUUUGCUCCUCAUCCAGGAGUGAGGCUAUUGUUGUACAAUGAGCGUGUUGUUGAGCCGCCUUCCAACACCAACCACGAUACUGAAGUCUAUCCUAGCUCACUGCCUCUAGCUCUCAUCGUUCUUGGCAUCUGUCUUUCUGUGUUCAUCAUAUCCCUAGACAGAGGUAUUAUCACCACAGCAAUCCCUUCGAUUGUGAUAGAGUUCCAAUAUUACUCUGACAUUGGCUGGGCUCUUGUUCUUGGUCGAGCUGUGCAAGGCUUGGGCAGUGCCGGUAUCUUGACUGGGUCUUUCGUUGUUGGAACCCACAGUGUCCGGUUAGCAAGCCGUCCAAUUCUCUUCGCCUUUGUCGGCGUGCUAUACGGUACUGGCGCACUUGUCGGACCCAUGCUCGGAGGAGUCUUUAGCCAGCUUACGACUUGGCGAUGGUGCUUCUACAUCAAUUUGCCGAUAGGUGCCAUCACUUUCGUUAGUGUCUUUUGCUUUUUCGAUCCAAGAGGAUCGCAGAAAAUGCCGGAAUUAGGUCGUCAGACCUCGGAUCUGACUAGCAUUGGUAACAGCUUCUUUCGACGUAUCAAAGCUUUAGACUGGAUCGGCAACACUCUCUUCACCUCGGCCUGCACAUUUCUAUUCCUGGCUCUUCAGUGGUCUCAGGAGCGCUCCUCAGACUGGUCUUCUGCACGCUGUAUCGCUAUCAUUGUGUUAUCGGGCGCGAUGUUCUUGAGCUUUGGAGUAUGGCUAUGGUGGCAAGGUGAUGAAGCCCUAAUCCCACUUCACAUUCUGCGGCAGCGCACUGUGGCAGUCUCAUGUAUAGCCGCCUUCUUUAUCUACGGCACAUUACUUAUACACACGUACUACUUGCCGAUCUGGUUCCAAGCUAUCAAAGACAAGACAGCCAUCGAGAGCGGUAUCGCUACGAUACCGUAUAUGCUCAUAAACGCUCUCUUCAGUCUGGCUGCAGGCGUAUUCGUCUCAAAGAAUGGACUAUUUGCUCCGCCAGCGAUCGCGGGUUGUUUCAUCGCCACGAUCGGUGCCGGUCUUUUGGCAACACUACAGCCAAACACUACAACUGCCACCUGGGCAGGUUUUGAAGCUCUCGUUUCGGCCGGUCUUGGAAUGGCUAUUCAGCAGGGCUUCUCAGCUGUGCAAGCCACGUUGCCAAUUCAUGAGGUACCUAUCGGAACUGCCGCGGUGGUUGCUUGCCAGAGUGCCGGCGGUGCAAUCUUCGUGAGUGUAGGCAACACUUUGUUACAAAAUCAUCUGUUCGAUGCAAACACCGCGAACACGAUACCAGGCGUGAAUAUCAGAGCUGUGAUUGAGCUUGGAGCAACACGAUUUCGCGAAUUUGUACCAGCUGAGAGUUUGCCAGCCCUGCUCAACCUCUACAACGAUGCUCUUCAGGCGGUGUUCAUCGCUGCUGUGCCACUGUGUGGGUUGGCCUUAUUCUGUACCUUAUUCAUGGAAUGGAAAAGUGUACGUGAAGGAGAAAGUCCUCAUUACGAAGCACAGACAGCAUCCGAGCUUGAAAUUGGCAGCAUACCUGGCUUCUCGACACCAGAGCUCGGCUCCGAUGCACCUACCCUUGCUCACCUAGCACCACGAGCGCGUGCGCGCUGGAAUCAGAGGUGGAAGACGCCUCGAACCGCGUCCAAAACACCACUCUCGACAUUGAAUGUUGUUCCCGAGUUAAACAUUUCGGAGAAGACGCUUGCACCCUUUCAGAUCAAGCACGACGGAUUUUUAGCUGGAGAGAUGAAAGAGGUCGAAAUUCAGGAUGAAAUUGGUAAAGCAAUUACUGUUUGA